CCCAGGAUGGAAGAUUGUCACUCUCAAGAACAAUUCAAUGUCACCUCAUAUUCUGCCACAGCUGUGACCAUCAUCACCUUUGAGGCAUUUCCUGGCAUGUGGAUAAAUGCUUUCAUUGUUUCUGUGAUUUGCAUGACCUGGGUGAGAAAGAAAACCUUGAACUCUAAUGAGAAGAUCUUGCUGUUACUUGGAUCCUCCAGGUUUUGUUUUUUGUGCAUCUCCUGGAUAAAUUUCUUUCUCUCACUAAUUUACCCCAAUUAUCGUCAUGUUCACCCCAUUAUUGUGCUAAGUAAAAAUGCUCAGAUCAUUCUGAAUGUUUUCAACUUUUGGAUUUCAGCCUGUCUUUGUGUCUUUUAUUGUAUAAAAAUUGCCAAUUUCAGGAGCAGUUUCUUCAUCUACCUGAAAGUAAAAGUUGACAGGAUGGUGCCCUGGCUCUUGUUGGGGUCAGUGUUUUUCUCCCUGGUUAUCGGAAUUGUUAUCAACAACAUGACUGAUAAAGCUUUCUGUAAGAACCUCAAUUUGACCUGCCAAGAAUGCAUUUGGAAAGCAAGGAUCAGAAGAGAGGAAUAUUUUCUCCCCUUUUCUUUUAGCAUUGGCUUCAGCUAUGCCACUCCAUUCACAGCAGUCAUCUUUUCUGCCCUUCUGCUUCUCUUUUCCCUCUGGAGACACAAACGCAACAUGCAG